CGUGUCUCUAUCAGCCACCGACCACUCCAUAUCUAGUAGCACUUUCCCCCGCAUGCAUUAUGGCAGCUCUUCAAGAGACAGCGGUGGAAACACUUCUGGUGGUAGAGAUUCCCGAGAUGACGGUGGCUCAUCCUCACAUGGUGGCAGUGGCAAAAUGAAUAGAAUUCCAGCAAAUCUUUUAGAUCAGUUUGAAAAGCAGAUGCCGCUGCAUCGAGAUGGCUUCCACACAUUGCAGUACCAGCGCACCUCGACCACAACUACCACUACUGAACAGCGCAACGAAAGCCCUGGGCGAAUUCGUCACUUAGUUCACUCUGUACAAAAACUUUUUACAAAGUCACACUCCCUGGAAGGGUCUUCCAAGAUGAAUGGAACUAAAGGCGACUCGCAUAGGGAAAGCUCACACCACCACCAUCACCACCACCAAGCCCACCACAAACACAGCAAACGAAGCAAGAGCAAAGACCGCAAAUCUGACAGCAGUGGAAAGCAACGUUCUGGAGGAUGGUGGAGUUCAGAUGACAAUCUCGAUAGUGACAGCACGUACAGAACACCGAGCAUCAUGUCGCGGCAUCCUGUGGACCACGUCAGUCACUGUUAUCCUGACUCGGUUCACAGCCACCUGGCUGGGAAUCUCUCACUAAAGACCUCCAAGAGUAACAACGAUGUAAAGUGUUCAGCCUGUGAGAACAUUAGCAUGGCACCGGAGGGAAAGUUCAUGAAAAGGAGUUCCUGGUCAACGCUAACAGUCAGCCAAGCCAAGGAGGCCUACAGGAAGUCAUCACUGAACCUGGAGAAGUCCAUGACACCCAUUGACAUCAAAUCCAAUCUGAGGCCAUGUCACUAUCUUCAGGUACCCCAGGAUGAGUGGGGGGGCUACCCUGGGGGUGGGAAGGAUGAUGAAAUUCCUUGCCGUCGAAUGCGAAGCAGCAGCUACGUUAAAGCCAUGGGAGAUGAGGAGAGUGGAGAGUCAGACUCCAGCCCUAAGACUUCGCCUCAGAAGUCGGUGCGACCCGACGCCCUCAUUAAGGCCAUCAUCAGACCCAAGGACCUGCUGGACUCCCAGAGCUCUUACCGUCUGGAUAAAAUCAACAGUGACAUGCAUAACUACAUCACCAAUUUUGCUGCAGACUUAAGUCAGAGCUACCACUUGCAGGCCACCAGGGAAAUACAUCCUAGCCUUGCUCUGAAUCCCUCAACCAACUACAACUCCCCCAAGUUUCGCUCCAGGAACCAGAGCUACAUGCGGGCCGUCAGCACGCUCAGCCAGGCUAGCUGUGUAAGCCAAGUGAGUGAAACAGAAGUGAACGGCCAGUUUGAGUCUGUGUGCGAGUCGGUCUUCAGUGAGGUGGAAUCACAGGCCAUGGAUGCUUUGGACCUCCCUGGUUGUUUCAGAACCCGGAGCCACAGCUAUUUGCGAGCCAUCCAAGCUGGCUACUCCCAAGAUGAUGACUGCAUCCCUCCCAUGGCAUCUACUGUCACCUCCACUAUCAGGUCAACUACAGCCAUCACCUACGCACCAAACUACAAGAAGACCCCACCUCCGGUCCCACCCCGCACCACCUCUAAACCACUCAUUUCCAUCACAGCCCAGAGCAGCACUGAGUCCAUGCAGGACUCCUACCAAGAGGGAAGGCACCCUCGCAGUGGGAUGUGGGCCCCCGAUGGCCUCGGCUUGGGGCUGAGCCCAGGCCGACCUCUCUAUAACUCCACCGACAGCCUGGACAGCGCCAAGGCUGUGACCAUAGCCAUGGAGGCGGCGGGAGUCAUGGCUGGAAAAAGACAUCCGUCCACAGACUCCCACAGCUCAGUGCUCACCUGUGACAAGGCCAUCCUGGUGUCAAAGGCUGAGGAGUACUUGAAAACACCUCGAUCGUCUAUCGGGAUACAGGUGGAAGCAGCCACGGACUCUGAGUCUGAAGGCAAAGGCUCACGGGAGUUUCACUCUGUUGGGGUCCAAGUAGAGGAUGACAAAAAAGGACAGGGAAGGUUCAAACGCUCCAACAGCGUGACUGCGGCCGUGCAGGCCGACUUGGAGUUGGAGUGCUUUCCCACCAUGGAGGACAAGGGCCUGCAGUUCGGUGGGGGUUUCCAACGGCACUCGGAGCCCAGCACGCCGACCCAAUAUGGAGCUGUACGGACAGUUCGUACCCAGGGCCUCUUUAGCUACCGCGACGAUUACCGCACCCCAGCUGAGCCGCCCAGUCCUCGAGAGACCACCAGCGAAACCACCUGGCAGCUAGAACCCCCCUCCCCUCGAGAGAGUGCAGCUUCAUCAGGCGAAACGGGAAGGGUGUCUCCCUCCCUGCGGAGAGACGGAAGCUGGUUCAUGCAGCUGCUGCACACAGAGACCAAGAGGAUGGAGAGCUGGUGUAAGGAGAUGGAGGCAGAGGCCGAGGAGAACGACCUGUCCGAGGACAUUCUGGGUAAAAUCCGAAGUGCAGUGGGAAGUGCUCAGCUGCUCAUGUCUCAGAAAUUCCAGCAGUUUUACUGGCUGUGUCAGCAAAACCUGGACCCCAGUGCCAUGCCACGACCCACCUCUCAGGACUUGGCUGGGUUUUGGGACCUACUACAACUCUCCAUUGACGACGUCAACCUGAAGUUUGACGAGCUCCAGCAAAUCAAGAACAAUAAUUGGAAGCUGGUUGAAAACCCAGAGAAGCCACCAGCUCCUGUACCAAAGAAGACAGUUCGACAGAAGAGCGCAGUAACAAGGGAGAAAUCCCUGGACCUCCCUGACAGGCACCGGCAGGAGGCUCGGCGGCGGCUCAUGGCAGCCAAGCGUGCAGCCUCCUUCCGGCAGGACUCGGCCUCGGAGCGGGCGGACAGCAUUGAGAUCUAUAUUCCAGAGGCUCAGACUAGACUUUGA